AUGGUUGUUGAGGAUUGGGAUCGUUUGUGUUCUUGGAUGGUUGACCAAGUACCAGUGAUGGUUGGUUUCCUAAAUGCUGAAAAGAAUAAGUGUGUUGAAGCAGCAACUCAACGCCUCAGAAGAAGAGAAGCUCUGAAUGAACAACUGAUGAGAGAACAACUCUAUUCUGUUAUUGAAGAAACCAGAAGGAAGAAAGAACAAGAAGAAGUUGCACGGAUUGAGGCAGAACAACGUGAAGCUGCAAGUUUUCAUGCAAGCAUCGGGAUGACACCUUAUGAAGCUUUGUAUGGUCGGAGGUGUCGUACGCCUUUGUGUUGGCAUCAAGACGGGGAGAACUUAGUUAUUGGACCGGAGUUGGUUCAGCAAACCACUGAAGAAGUAAAGCGAAUCCAGGAAAAGAUGAGGAUUUCGCAGAGUCGUCAGAAGAGUUAUGCUGACAACAGGAGAAAAGAGUUGGAAUUUCAAGCUGGAGAUCAUGUCUUUUUGCGGGUUACCCCGAUGACUGGUGUCGGAAGAGCGAUCAAGUCUAAGAAGCUUACUCCAAAGUUCAUUGGGUCGUACCAGAUAACGGAACGAGUUGGCCCAGUGGCAUAUAGGAUUGCGUUGCCGCCUUUCCUAUCCAAUAUCCAUGAUGUACUUCAUGUGUCGCAGUUGCAGAAGUACAUGGCUGAUGAUUCUCAUGUUCUCGAACCUGAUGACAUUCAGCUAAAGGAUGAUCUAACGAUGGUGAUGCCACCCAUCAAGAUCACCGACAAGAGUACCAAACGUUUGAGAAACAAGGAAGUGUCCUUGGUGAAGGUGAUUUGGAAUCAAGCGACGGGUGAUGCUACUUGGGAGCUUGAGAGUACGAUGCGGGAGUCACACCCUGAAUUGUUUGUAGAACCUUAG